AUGGAGCUUUUUAGUUCCAUACGAGGUGUUAGUAGCCGGGAGCCGGCGUUUUUAAAUGGCUACCCGUGGGUUGCGGGGAGUCAGUUGCCAGUGUCCGGCGAGGAUGCACUUCUGAAGUCUGACCACCCCCACCCCGACGCGGAUGCACUUCUGAAGUCUGACCACCCCCACCCCGACGCGGGGGGCCUUCCAGCAAGAUGGGUGGUUCGGCUGGCGCGGUCGCGCCGGGGGCCGGCUCUCGAGUGUGAGCCCCCUGCGCUGCGGUGUGGCCACGCGCAGUACUGGGCUCUGGACGGCAGGCGGCGCCGGGAGCGAGCCAGCGGGCCUCGACAAUCUGCAGGAGCCCGGGAAGCAGACUUGAUUGGUGCCAAGGCGGGAGCGGCAGCGCGAAGAAAUGGGCGUCGCACACCGGAAGGGGUCGGAGAGCAGGCUUGGCUGCUUCUCGGAGGGGGAGCCUCGGCUAGCAGCCCCGCGCCUCCGCCACGCACCCAGAAGGUCGCCGCCUGCCUUUGGGAUUCCUGCUCCCUCACCCCCACCCCAGAGAAUCCAGAGACAACCCUGUGGGGUUUUCCGAUCGUGGGGUGUAUGUUUGCAGGGACGGAGGGAGGGAGGUUCUCCUCCCCAGGGAGUGGUUCGGAUCCGGAGAGACUUAGAGGACUUUGGUCCCACCUGGGAGAGGGCACUACUUGCGGGUGUCCUAUCUGCGAUGUCUUCCUUGCUCCUUUCCUUGUUCGCUCGCUGUGUGACCUUGGAGAAAAAGUCCAGUAACCUCUCUGUGCCUUAAUUUCUUUAACGGUAAAAUGUGAGAAAUGAUAGUCCCUACUUGUUAGGAUUGUUAUGAAAAAUAAAGAAGUUAUAUAUGUGUGUGUCAACAGCUUAGGGCAAGCUCUGGGGAGUGUUACAUUCUCUACAGGCAGUAGCUUUUAAUUGUUAAACCACAGCUUAUGUAUUAAUUUACGUUUCCUCUUUUGAGGGAAUUUUGUGGUUAGGAACCUUCCUCUUUGCGUCUUUCAUUUGGCCUUGCCUUCUCCGACCAAUCGGUGGCUCUCAUGAUUUUCUAAGUAAUUUCAAACAUUGACAAAAACUAGUUCAUCCCAAGGGGAUUCUCCCAUAUUAAGGCCCGUGUGGGAGCAAGAUGCCAGUCAAUAGACUGUUACUGUGUCCCUCCUGUGUGUCAGCCUCUUUUCCCUGUUCUACCCACUGCUUGUGCUAAGUGGAUCCAAGAUCUCCCUACCUUGUGAGCAAAGUUACCUGUAUUGCAGAGACCUCCCCCUCUUCACUCUGAGUUUCCUGAGGCCAGAGACCACGUCUUUAUCCCCAGGGCCUGGCACAAUUUAGCCAUGCAGUAAACGUUUGUUGAGUUCACGUGUCUAUCCACAGAAGACUGGCUGAAUAAACCACGAUAUAUCUACAGAAUGCAGUUCUGUGAAGCUUUACAAAAGAAUGAAGACCAUCUCUGUGGAAGGCCACCAGACUCCAGGAUACAUUAAGUGAAAAAAGCAAGACUGGGACCCUGUAUACGCUGCCUUCCUUCGAAGAAAGAUGUGUGCUUUGCUUACAUUUUAAAGAAGAAGCAAUGGAAGUAUAAAUCACAAACUAAUAAAAAUGGUUGCAUAUAAGAAGAACAGGAUGUAAGAGAUGGAAAUAAGGGCUAGACUUAUUUUCAUAUAUUGUGUUUUAUAGUUUGACUUUGGAAUCAUGUAAAUGGUUUACAUGCUACAUUUUUAAAAGAAAAUAGCAAAGCAUUUUGCAAAAGGACAAAAAAAGCCAUUAAUCAAAGUAUAUCAGGAGUUACUGACAUAACUGCAUGGAAAAAUAAGAAACUGACUUUAAAACUCAUUAUUUUGACUACAUAAUCUUAGUGUGACACAUCUUAAGGAUAAAAAAAAUGGCCAAGAAAUCAAGCUGCAUUUAAUAACACUAUUUGUUAGUAAUAAUACUAGUCUUGUUAUUUAUAUGCUAUUGCGUGUAUUUGUAUUAUAUAUAUGUAUAAAUAAAAUAGUAAAUAAUUGAAUUGAUAUUGUUGGAAAUCAAGCUCUUCAGUGAGAGAUGAAAAGAUACAGGUAUCAAAAUCAAUGAUGUCAGGGAUAAGUUGUAGAAUGGAAAAUUUAAAUUGGCAAUGGUAGUAUGAAUUCAUGAUUAAAUUUUCUCUUUCUACAAAAUGCAUGUAUGCAGGCUGUGUCCACUGAGAAGGCCAAGAAGCAAUGGCAAUCUCUUGGCUAUGAGCAGCCCUAGUGUCCAAAUGGGUCAUCUAAAUGCCAUUGCCCACUGAAGAGGAACAGAGACCCCUUUCGGAAAUGACUGAUUUCAGGACCAGGGCAGGGAUUGUGUAAGAUGAGCCUGUGACAUUUUGUUAGGCCAGAAAGCAAGGUAGCUAUCAAAUACUACUGAGGUUUUGUCAAAAGAACCCAAGAGCAAAUAGAAAGGGGCACCCUUUGGCUAAAGAUGGAAUAGUUUGGGCUCAAGAAAGAAUAAUGACUGAUUUGAUCUUAACAUAUCUAUAGAAAUCCAUGAAUAUGUAGUAAUAUUUUUUUAAAUCCCUCAUUGCUCAGCCUUGUAUCACCUAAGGAACUAACUCUUUAUUUGGAAAACUGGUAAAUAAGAGGAAAAAAUCAAGUCUCUAUUCUGCUGUUAUUUCAGGGUACCCAAAUAGUUUGAAAAGAUAAUAAAUGCAACAGAAAGGUUAGAAUUAGAGAUUCACUCUUCACAACUACUAAUGAAGCACGGGGACAAGGCAACAAUGGCUUAACAGCAUGGCUAUUCAAAGUAUGAGGUGGGGGCCGCCUGGCUGGCUCUGUGGGUGUCACAUGUGGCUCCUGAUCUCAGGGUUGUGAGUUCGAGCCCCAUGCUGGGCAUGGAGAUUACUUACAAAGAAAAAAUUUAAAAAGUAUGAGGUGGAAUGUAAGUGGGAGACAAAAUGGCUGGAUGGAGCUAAAAAACCUGAACCCACUGAUUUAUCUUAACAGCAUCACGAAGAGUGAGACACACAGAUACCAUGUGCAAUAGGAAGUACACAGCAUCUAUGAAACACUCUUGCACAAAAAUUGAAACUUCAUCUAAUCAAACUCCUAAAUCUAACUACCAGAUAAAUAGCAAGAAAUAUGGCAGACAAACAGACGAAAAGAGACUACGAUGGUAUCAUCAGCCAAACAAGGAUAUGGGAAGUUCCACAACUUAAAGAAGUCUCUUCAAGAAAUAACUCACAUGGAAGAAAUGGGGUGGAGGGAGAACUGAUAGAAAUUAAGAGCUUUUAAAGACAUCUCAACCAACUGCAGUGUCAGAUCCUGUUUUCUAUAAAUUGGGAAAAUACCUAAAAUUAUAAAACCUUACCCUAAAAAUUACAAUCCUACCAAGCUUCCAGUGAGCCAAAAGACAGCCUUCAUUUUUGAAUAUGAAAUAUUAUAUAUAACAUGAAAUGUAUAUAAUAUGAAAUAUAUAAUAUGAACUUUUUUAAAAUGCAACAUACAAACUUUAACAAAAAUAACAGGCAAAAUCAAACAGGCUCUUAUAUUAAGAGGAAAACUGACUAGAAGCAAUUUAUCUUGAAUACCUUACAGUAACCUACUUGCAGUUGCAUUUAACUGAGCUCUGUUGCUGUGAAGAAUACAGCUGAUGCACAGGUAUGGAAGAACGAUUUGCACAUUUUUCAAGUAUUCACUGAGUACAACCUUAUAUACACAUAUACAUUACAUUUGAAAAAGAUCUAAUCGACGAUCCCCAGAUAUACUUCAUUUUGGUUGCUCUUUUGGAAGACGUCGUCUAAAGAGAAGAAUAUUUGAUUCCGGCUCAUGGAUCAUGUAGUGGACCCAGCCUAGAGGCUGUUGGACACCAAGUCUCCUCUACUCCUCUUUAGAAAUCAGAUGAAAUGUUAUAUACAAUAUAAAGUAGUGUUUUUUUCUACCAUGAAGUGUUGAUGGUAGUCCUACAAUCUUUGUCAUCAAGAAAUCAUAAUAAUUAACCAAGAAUGAAAAUGAUCCAAGCAGUAGUCAUAACAGGAUCGUUUAUUUCAUGAGGAGCCCACCUAACCUGAAAAGAAUAAAGGACAUAAUGAAUGUUUAACCUGGAUUUAAGGGUAUUGAGUAAGGAAGUGGGCAGUCAGAAAAAAGGCUUCCCCAGGAAGAACCUAACAAAGAAUUUUCUUGUUGGAGUCAAAAACAGUAUGUUUAAAAUUUUUUAACAUUUAUUUGUAUUUGAGAGAGAGUGAGAACAGGGGAGGGGGAGAGGCAGGGGGCGGACAGAGGAUGGGACCAUUCGUGUCAGGAAUGAUCCCAUCCUCAGGAGAAGCAGAUUAAGGCCAGGCCAAGGUUGCCAUACCAUAUUAUUCUGAGCUGCUUGCAAUAACCUGGCGUUAUUGCAACUAGUUUGUGAAACUAACUAACGGAUCCCAGAAUCUACAGUUUAAGAAAGUGCCAGGUAAAGGGGCACCUGGGUGGCUCAGUCAAUUAAGCGUCCGACUUAGGCUCAGGUCAUGAUCUGAUGGUUUGUGGGUUUGAGCCCCACAUCAGGCUCUGUGCUGACUGCUCAGAGCCUGGAGCCUGCUUGAGUUUCUUUGUCUCCCUCCCUCUCUGCCCUUCCCCCACUCAUUCAUUCUCUCUCUCUCUCUCUCUCUCUCUCUCUCUCAAAAAUAAAUAAACAUUAAAAUUUUUUUUAAAAAGUGCCAAGUAAAAAUGAAGGCUGUCUUUUGGCUCACUGGAAGCUUGGUAGGAUUAUAAUUUUUAGGGUAAUGUUUUAUACUUGUAGAUGAUUUAAAUGUCAGUCUUAUAAAUUGCUUUCUUUUGAUUCUAUUUGUAAGUAUGCUUUUGUUUUAAUGUUUUUGUUAUUGUUAACAAACCCAUUUGAAUA